AUGCGGUGAGCUUGGCCAGCGUGAGAGCAGCAGUGAAGGAGGUGGAGUCCCAGCUGAAUGGCAAGGGCCUGAACCUGAUCAUUAAUAAUGCAGCAGUCAACUCCCAUGCCAUGCCGCAGUCAGUGCAGCUGGAGGAGAUGAUCUCCGUGUUCACUACCAAUGUGGUCGGGCCGAUCCAGGUGGCCAAGGAGUUUCUGCCCCUGCUGAAGAGGGCAGCUGAGAAAGCCGGAAAGGAGGGGCUAAGCUGCAGCAAGGCAGCAAUUAUCAACAUGUCCACUAAUGUGGGCUCCAUCGAGCUGUGCUUCAAAGUCCUGGAGAUCCCCAUGUACCCCUACCGUGCCAGCAAGGCCGCUCUGAACAUGGUGAAAAGGUGCCUGGCAGCAGAGCUCAAAGACACCGGGAUCUUGUGCACUGCCAUCCAUCCUGGCUGGGUGAAAACAGACAUGGGGACAGAGAAGUGCAGCACCGUGCCCUGUAAGGCCGAUGGCAAGCGUGAGACCCAGUCCAAGCGACUGCUUUGA